UAGUCACUUGGCCAGAGGCAAUCGGCGAGCAGAGACCUGAACUUCCCCGCGCAAUCCUGCGAUCGAGUCAGUUGACGGUCGCGCAUUUGAAUCGAGUCGCUCUAUAUUUUGUUGUGUUGACCAAAUUUUCUGUGUUCUUCUGUGCAUUUUCCCAUCAUCCAUCAAACUCUCCAGACACUGUGUGGAGCUGCGCCAGUGAAAUUGAGAUUCACGUGUGGAGUUUUUCUGUUUGAUUGUUGUGCCAGCGCGCACCAGAGAAAAGUGAAAAGGAAGUGAUUUAGAGGAGAAAUUCCCCAGAAAAGAAGACACACCGGAAAUGGCGGACGUUGAUCAUGAACUGGGAGCCAUUCGGCAUCUUGUGGAGUCGCCGCUGUCCUCGAAGGUCGCCAUGUUCAACAAUGUGGCGAAGAAGCACUAUGAUUCCCAGCUCCUCAACCCCUUCUCAGACGUCGACGGUCGACGGUCGCCGAGGCCGCAAUUCAGCAAAGACGAGUACGGAAAGCCCGUGGCGGGAAGCCUCACGGAGUUCCGCGGACAGAAGGCCAAUCUGCACGUGUACCGAGAGAUGAUGGAACUGUGCGAUGUGAUCAACAACAGCGGAGCGCCGAUCUCGGAGGAGAAUGAGGGCCUCAAGUACAUCUUCUUCGGCGAACUCUUUAAUAUCUACGUGCACAUCUCGGACAAGGUGGUCGGGCUGCUGCUGCGGGCGCGGAAGCACAAGCUGAUCGACUUCGAGGGCGAAGUGCUGUUCCAGCGUCGCGACGACGACGUGCCCAUCUUCAUGCUGAAGACCAUGGCGGAGAUCCGCGAGUACGUGCGCGCCAAGGAGGACGAGGUGCGGCGGAGCAUCAGCCCAAAUCCGCAAGCGAUGCUGAUGGGCAGCCGCCAGCCGUCGCCCACGCAGUGAACGCCAAGCGCAUUUCGGCAGAAGCAGAUUUGAUUCCCAGUGAAAGCACGACGACCAAAUUAUGUAAUUUAAUUACUUUUAGCCAUUAGAUUGUACGAGAGUCAUUAAUGAUUUAUUGUAAAAAAGGAAAAGAAAAAAGAAUUUGAAAGACGCGGCCUAUAAUCUCUUAUCUUUUUAUUAUUAUUAUUAUUAUCAUUUCUCCAUUCUGUAGAUCAAAUCAGUUCUCAAAGGUAGAUUUUUUUUCCCUUUUAUCUCAAAGUUUCCCGUUUUUUGUCGCCCGGAAAAGAGGACAGAAAAACAAGUGAGAAAAAAUUCAUAGUGUGUAAGAAUGAGGGAAAUUAAAUAGUGUUUUGCAGUAUUAAAGUUUAAUAAUGUGAAAUAGAUGUUUCAUUUUUUUUCUUUUCUAUAUUGUGUAAAACAAAUAAAAAACCGUACUGAAAUGAAAAUGCAGGAUUUUUUUCUUCUUCUUUCAGUGGGCUUUUAAUGUAAUUUCCUCUUGAAGUUUUUUUCAUCAUCUUCUUCUCCUUCUGUAACAUGGAAAGCAGCGUUUCUUUUGAUCAAUCAAUCAUCCUAACUACACACUUUUUGCUAUAUGUUUUAUUAUUUUCACUAUUUGUUUUUUCAAUGUAUUCUUCUUCAAUCAUUAAAUUGUGUCUGGUUUUUUAACAAUUAAAGCCUACAUCAAUCGUACAUUGUUUGGUUUAUCAUUCUUAUUACACUUACAACGAUUUUUCUCCCCUUUUUACUCUUUUUUUCUCUUCUUCUUCAAAGUAAAUAUCUCCAAUAUUUUCUGCUGUAUAUAAUUAGGUUUGUAAAUCAUUGUUAUGGUGUUUUCUUUUUAGGUUGACUUUGCACAUGGCAAAAUUUAUCAUUUUAACAAUUUUACAUCCUAUUUUUCCUUACUUUAUAGAGACACUAGAAAUAAAAAUUAUUUCUUUUUCUUAAUCCUUUUCCUCCCUCAGUUUUUUUAUCUUUUACUCUAGAGUGCACAAUAAAAAAAAAAACCAUUAAUAACAUGAUUUUCUUCACCUCUUUGCGAAAAGUUGUCCGAGAAUUCAUGCAAAAGAUUAUUUUCUUUUCCGCUUUAAUUAACAAUUUUCACUUCUUCACUAAAAAUUAAUACUCAAAAAAUAUUUCACUUCCCCACAAUUUCUUUUCUUCCUUCUUUACAUCUCGCUGAAUGGAAAAUCUCACGUUUUUUUCUUCUUCUUCUCACAUACUUUCUUCGCUUCACAUUCAGGAAUAAAUAACAGUUACAAAUCAUUUUUAAAAUGCUUUCAUCCCCUUAAAUUUUCUCCCUCUCGUUUUUUGUU